AUGGGUUGCUGCGAGAGCUCUUCAGACAACGGUUUAUCAACUUCGUACAAUUUAAAUGCAUCCUCUCCUCUUACACCUGAUGAAACAAGACUUUUCAAACAAAUUCUUACUGAAAUACCUAUUCAUUGUCCACAGGCUAUCAUUGAUUUACCACGGCGUCAAUUUCUUGAUAUAUAUCGAUAUCAUAUAAUAGCUAGUUAUCAUUUCAGGCGAAUGGAAUUUCAGCUUGCAGUUCUCUACGAAAUAAUCGGUCAAGUGUCGGCAGCCAUCGAAGGAAACCAAAUGGCUCUAGAUAUGCUACUAAAACAUACACCUUCGAAUUAUCAAACAAUCAGCUGGAAAUAUUCCGGUUUGGCUUCCUGCUAUUUGGAAGGUGAAGCAUGGGGUCAAGCUAUACUACAUUUGAGAAAAGCUAUCGAAAUAGCACGGUUAAGCAAUGAGCCAAAUCAGGAAGAUAUUCAACUGAUGGAGAAUUCGCUUCAUUUGUUGACAGCAAAACUCAUGGAUGGCGCUCUAAUGUCAAUGAAUCACGUAUUAACACCCAAUCCCAGUCAAAAUCAAUCGAAUAUGGAAAGUCAAAUAACGCCUGGAACCAUUGCUGAUAAUAAUAUAUGUGGCACAUCUUCAAUCGAUCAAGCUGAAGUUGAGCACCUGCCUGAUAAACAGACGGAAUUGUUAACCAAUGAUGAAACUCCCAAAGAUGUGGUAUUAAAUCUGGAGACUUGA